AUGCCCUCCAUUCUCAAUCUCAAGUUCAAAGGAAACAAGUCCUUCGUGCCGUUCAGCAACCUCAGCGAUGCGGACUCACUGACUCUGACCUGGAAGGUCUGUACCAAGGUCGCCAGCUUUCUGGAGCAAGGCCAGCGACUCGAGAACUUGAGCUGGAGACUGUGGCACCUCCAGAAUUUGAUGGUCGACACGGACAACGCUAAGUCCAAGCGCGACUUCAAGAAGCUCUCCAAGUGCAUGAGCGACAAGCUCGACAAGGAGAAGGGGCGGAGUAUUGAGGAGCUCCAAGCCCCCGGCUUCAAGCGCAACCACUCGACGGAGUUGCUCCAGCAGCGCGCUGCCGAAAAGGAGCGCGAACGCCUGGCGAACCAGAACAGCAGGCCCGGCACCAUUCAUCGCAUGCAGUUCACUUUCAGCGUCGACCAACCCGCCUCGAUGACAUUGUCGUCUGUGCCUGCCAAGAAGCCCGACCUGAAGCCGUCCCCUGAGUUCAAGGAUAACGCCACCAAGCGCGGGCGGCCUUCGACUCGUUCAACUGCGGUUGAUGACAGCGUCAGCGAUGUUCACGACAAGGAUCCUCCGUUGACCCAGCGCGGUCGCAAGGCGACUACCUCCAACAGCACCAGCGGCAGCGCAGCAUCAUCUGACGACCUUUAUUCUUCGGCCUCUCUCCGUUUCCCGUCGCUUUUCUCUAACGAUUUCGGUCCCGCUGCAUUACUGUAUCCAACACCCUCUGUCACGAACCCCAUGACUUACGGCGAAGGCGUCGGUAUGAACACCAACACCCACGCCGACGGCUUCAGCAUCGUUCGCCCUACCAUCGAGCUCCCCCUCGACGAGCUCCUCAAUGCCGACAGCCCCAGCGGCUGGUCUUCCGGCGCGUUCAGUUGUAACGAGCUUCGCGUAACGGACCAUCUCGACACUCAGGAAGAUGUCGACAUGAAGCCCGUUUCUACGGACAUGCCGUACUCUAACGCCCCAGCCCGCCGCGACGCCAGCCACGAGGAAGACGAUACUCUCCUCACGUCCACCACUACUUUGCGUAACGUUCCGCCCCUGUCUACCCCUAUGGAGGAUCUCGUCCCCCGCACCAUCACCCCCACACGCUUGGGCGGGUCGAACCACUCCGCCCCGGUGACCGGCAAGCGACCGUCUCUCAGCGUGCGCACGCAGGCGGUCUCGACCCGAUCCUCUGGCCCCAGUGCGACGCCUGUUAGCGGCGGUGCUACGCAGCAAAACAGCGUCAACUCCGCCCCAGGCGGUGUCAAGGCGGAGUGUUCGAACUGCGGCGCCACGCACACUCCACUGUGGCGCCGCGGUCUGAACGAUGAGCUGAACUGCAACGCCUGCGGGCUGUACUGCAAACUGCACAAGCGCCCUCGUCCCAAGAGCAUGCGGAGCAGCCACGGCGAGGGCCGCACGCAGAGCGCGCCUCGUCAGGAGUCUCAGGAGGUCGUUGCUCAAUGUUACAACUGUCACACAACCGCUACGCCGCUUUGGCGAAAGGACGACGAAGGCAAGACGGUGUGCAACGCCUGCGGUUUAUACUAUAAAUUGCACGGUUCCGCGCGUCCAAUCUCCAUGAAGUCGGACGUCAUUCGCAAGCGAGCUCGACACGAUGCCAGACGCGCUGGUCCUGGUGUGUCUGAGACCCCCUCUGCAAGCCCAGGAGCCAGCCGUCGAACCUCGCCCACAAUGGAGCCUACCCCUACAUUGGCUCCGGACUCCACGACUCAGAUGCCGUUCAACGGCGAUGAGAUGGAGUACCGGACGUCCAUGCAGUCCGAGUUGAUGGGCGCCCUCGGGUCGAACAACAACCAGAGCGGGCCGUUCCCCGGACACGGCUUCUCCUUCUCGUACAGCAGUUUUCCAGGCCCCUACCACCCCGACUACCUCUCUCAGAUAUAUCCUGUUCCCGCCGACGCGCUUCCCUUCGCUCCAGGUGAUACAUCCGAUGUAGGCAACUCGGACACGGAGUCGAGGACGAGCAAGAGGCGCCGCAUGAGCAAUGACUCGGCGUCGGAGCCCCCUUCUUCUGCGGUAUCAUUCGGCUCGUACGCUGAUUCGUACACGUCCGCAUCCUCGUCUACUUCGCGCUCUUCGGUCGACUUCGGGUACAAUCCAUUUACGUCGUACGGUCUACUUCGUGGCUCGGGCAACCAGGCAUGGCACCCGCCUAUGCUUCCCCCCGACCAGUCUCCACGUUUCAUACAUCCACCUAUGCUCCCCCCCGAUGAAUCACCCAAUAUGUUCCUACACCCGCCUAUGCUCCACCAAGACGACACGGACACGCUAUUUGCCACAUACCUCCACCCCCCCAUGCUCCGCCCCGAGGACUCUCCGCCCAUGAACUCCCUUCAACUUCACCCACCUAUGCUUCCCACGGACUGGAAGAACCGCUCGGACUUCUACGACGCGCCAAUGGUCACAUAUUAG